AUGCGCUGUGUCCACCCUCCGUUGCGUGCAACGGCCAAAGGGUGGGGCCAUCCACGGCCGUCAUCGCGGCCGCCACGGCCGGCGCGGCCUGGCCUUUUCAGUCUCGUUGGUGGCUUCACGCCGAAGAGUGUCUUCUUGCUUUCGUGCUGCGGAGCUUGGACGUGGCAGCGGCUCUCGCCGGUGGCCGUGGGAGGAGUGCAGACAAAGCGACGGCGGGAGCAGAUGGAGCAGGUGGAGCAGGUGGAGCAGGGUCCGGAGAGGCAAAGCCCAGAUCUCGAAGAUCUCGAUCUUGAGGACGUGGAAACCUUGAGGCAACUGUUCCAGUCUGCACUGGCGGUUGGCAGCACAGGCCUUGAGAAGGAGGAGUUUGCUCUUCUUUGCCAGUCCCUUUUGCACAUAGAUCUGAGUUAUCUAGAGCUCGAGCGCAUCUUCGAGCUGGUGGUUACAACUGAAGGGCGCGAGGUCAUGACGGAAGAUCACUUCGUGCGUACGAUUCGGCACCGCUUCUUCCUGCGGGGCAUCCGACGGGUCGUGCAGCUUCCAGACUCCGACUCAGGCUCAGACGACCUCCCGCCCACUUACGACCUGGACAUGGAGACAGCAGAGAACCAUCGCUCUGACACCGCUCCUUUUGUCGGUCCCUACGCAGAGAUCCGAGCAACGCGCGAUCACCGCUACCAUGGCCGCUACACGGUUGAUCGCCAGACCUGGCAAGACAGCGUGAUUGACACCGUUGUUCAGCGAACAACUGCGCAGGCUCGUCCAAGACUGGUUUUCACUUGCGGGGCCAUGGGUGUUGGCAAAGGCUAUGCGCUGGCCUGGAUGUCCCGGAAAGGUAUCUUCCCGCUGGAAGAUAUUGUGCACAUCGAUCCGGAUCACUUCAAGCAAGUGAUGCCCGAAUGGCAGGCAUACCUACAGUAUGGACGCAAACAUGGGGAUCCCGACAUACCCGGGAACCGCUGCCAUCGCGAGAGCUGCUACAUGCAAGAGAUUGCAUUAGAGGAGUCCCUGCGGCGGUCGCAGCACAUCUGGGUUGAUGGUUCUCUGCGCAAUGCUGAGUGGUUUGUCAAAGUGUUCAGCGACAUCCGCUUGCGCUACCCAGCGUAUCAGAUUGCGAUUUUCAAGGUCACGGCGCCGGAAGAGAUUAUCCGCAAGAGGGUUGCAGACAGGGCCAAGCAAACUGGCCGCAGCAUUCCCGAGACGAUGCUGGUGGCGAGCAUUGAGGCUGUUGAAAGGUCUGUGCUGACGUUGACUCCCCAUGCGGAUUUCUUGGCCAGUAUUGACAACUCAGAAUGUACGCCACAACUGCAGUAUUUCGCGGCAGUCGACCGCUCCGGCGACUGGCAACGUAUUGCGACGCGAUUCGCUCAUGUCUUGCCGGCAACGGACGCGUUUCCAAAACAGCUGUCCCCAUUCUUUGUGUCACAACUGGAAGAUUGCCCAAAGUUGGAGCUCCAGGAGCCUCUGGCCUUUGGCAUUGACGGCAUGCACAGAUGCCAAAAUGCCACAUUGAUCAUGCGGGGCUCGAGAUUUGAAGUGAAGCUCUCUCCGACGAUCCGCGUGACCCUGGAUCCCGAGACACGUCGAGUCGCGAAUAUUCACAAAGAUGCCGUGGCCGUGGCGUACCUCCACCCGCUGUCAAGCACGUUCGAGGGGUCUGAAGCAGAGCUCACAUAUGCUGAACGCCAGGUCUUGAGAUUGGGAGCGUUUGCCAACUUCAAUCUGGAAGAUCAGCUUGUAGCCCUGAAUUCUGUGGCCUCCACGACGGAUCAACGUCAGCCUGCUCUUCUGGAGUUUGGCUCCGCAUACCCGGUGUCCGAAGAAGAGGCUGCGUCUCUACCAGCAAACAGGUUUGCAUUCCUAACGCCGCUUGAGAAGUUGGCCAACCGCCGGGUGAGCGCAAACAGCGGCUUCUUGUUCGAGAUCCUUUUGGACGGCGAGAUCUCAUUUGUGCAGCUUCUGGCUGCUGCCUGCAUGACAGAUGCAUACCCUAAGAACUCUUUCGGGGCACAUCGCCGUUACGAUCUUGCGACGGCCAAAGGCUGCAACACCUUCCUCGAUAGGGACGUUCGAAGCAUAGCAUCUCGCUCACCAUCUUACAAAGUGGAUCACAUCGGGCGGACCGUGAAGUCCACAAAGCUGCGCCAUGCCUGGACAUUGUUUCUCGGUGGUGUCGAGACCAAGGUGGAGCUGGAGCACAGCCGCCUCACAGGCAAAAAGAAGGUGCUCGUUGAUGGGAAGCUGCUUUUCUCGACGACCGACAAGCACCUGAACUGGUGUUGGGAGCACCCGGAAUCGAAAGCUCGAAUCGGCUUGAACUCCGAGAAUGGAAAGCACGUCCUAAGAUGUGAAGAGCCCGAGGUGAAGACCUUGUCUAAAGAUGCCGAAGGAAAUUCUGCCCAGUUAGACGAGCUAUCUUCAGCUGCCAGCUUCGAAGCCGGCACCUGCAAUUCUGAGACUUUGCCGGAGGAAGGUUGCACGGACGGUGCAGUGCACGAGGACGCAGAGUAUGAAGUGUUCUCCUCGGGAUUCUCGGACAGCCCUAUCAGACAAGACCUCGCAAGAAAGUAUGCAACUUGCGAGAAUGACCUGCAGGACUAUGACGCAGAGAUAGCCGAGGAAGCCAAACCUUCCAUACCGUCGUACCUUGUGACGCGGCCUCAACGCAAAGUAGCCCUUCAGGAGAUCUCGGCAGAAACAGCGCGCUUAAACGCGCUGCUCGGUGUCAAGGAUGCGCAGAUAGCCGCUUUGCAAGACGAGCUGCGCAGGUGUGCUUUGGGAAGAGAGGAGGCUAGCGGACCCAUGGUCGAGGCAGUGCCAACCGAAGCUGUGGAGACAGAGCCCAUCAGCCCCAUUCAGCAGCUGGAGGGGCCAUCCCCUCAGCUGCCGCCGCCGCAACUGGUCGCCAGUGUACCCUCAGAGCACUUCCUGGUUGCAGAGCUGCCAACGACUCCAGUCCCAUAUCCAAAGGUGACCAGUGGAGAUUCACCUGGUGGGCGGAAGCUUCUCUCGCCACCCGCCCUGUCGGCUGUCAGUCCUCUGGACGAAGAGGAACUGGAUGUGACACGGCGCCGUGGGCCUGCUCACUUCACCCCUCCGCUGGAUGCAAAGCAUUUGAGGGUGCACAGAAUUUGGGUGCGAUGGCGCCAGCUCUUGCCGGAGCUGAAGCAGUUUCGUGAGGCCAUCGCCAUUCGUGGUCCAGCGCUACGUCUCCACGCCGCGACGGUGCGCAGGAGCGGCGCAGGCACUGUCACGAAGUAUAGUGACCUCAAUAGGCUUCGGUGGCUUCAAGCUUCAGUGUGUGAGAAGCCAUGCUUCUCAGGCUGA